GCAUCACUUACUUUAUGAAGAGAACAUUACCUUGGGUUUCACCAAAUAGAAUCCAACACUAUUACCAUAUGUAUUGUAUAAAGAUGAGUCGCUCCAAAAACCAAGAUCAUGACCCAAGUCAACCUCUCUCUCUCUCAUCAUUCAGACACAAUACUCGACUUUAAAGUCACACUCUUGAGUCUCUUUCCAUCAGGACCAAGCUGAGAAAGAGAAAGCAAUAAAGAAGGAAAAAAAAGAAGAAGAUAAAGCUAUUCAGUACCAAACCUCUUUAAUAAAUUUGGCCUUUUCGUUGUCUCCUUCCCAAUUAAUCUGUAUUUCUUAGGUUCACUUUGGUUCUGGAGGUUUGAAUUCAGUACUUCUACGACAUUUUCAUGUCUUUCACAAUGCCUGAUGGUGUAGAAGCAGCAAGAGGGAGAAGUAAAAGACAAAACAGCUUAUUAAGAAAACAACUUGCUAUAGCUGUAAAAAGUGUUCAAUGGAGCUACGCAAUCUUCUGGUCCUCUUCAUCUACUCAAUCCGGGGUUUUGGAGUGGGGAGAAGGAUGUUACAAUGGAGAUAUGAAGAAGAGAAAGAAGAAAUACGAAGCUCAUUAUAGAAAUGGGUUGCAGAGAAGCAAGCAACUUAGGAAACUUUAUCUGUGCAUGCUUGAAGGAGAUAGCACUACUACUAUUAGCACUACCCAUGAUGUUGAUGAUCAUAGUGAUGAUGGUGACCAUAAUUGUAACGGUAAAAAUAUGAUGCUUUCACCAGAUGACAUCUCUGAUGAAGAGUGGUACUAUUUAGUCUCCAUGUCCUAUGUCUUCUCUCCUUCUCAAUGUUUGCCAGGGAGAGCUUUGGCGACGGGUGAGACCAUAUGGCUUUGCAACGCUCAGUACGCGGAGAACAAACUCUUCUCUCGUUCUUUGUUGGCAAGAAGCGCAUCAAUUCAGACUGUUGUGUGUUUCCCUUACUUGGGCGGUGUGAUUGAGCUGGGCGUCACAGAAUUGAUUUCAGAAGAUCAUAGUCUGCUUCAACACAUUAAAUCUUGCUUGUUGGAGAGUUCAAAACCAGAGUGCUCUUCUAACAACUUCUGUGUUCACCGAGAUAACGAUGAUGAGAAGAACCAAAUGAAAAUUAAGACCAGUGAUGGAAACACGGUGCUCGAUGAGAACCAUAAGAUUCAGUUAGGUCUUUCUGAUCUCAUGUCUGAUGAAGACUUGCAUUACAGAAAAACUGUCACAACAGUACUCAAACACGCCGCGGAAAUGUCAAAAAGGAACGAUAAGAACAUUCAUCAUCGUCAACCGGAUCUUGCUUCUGGCUCAAGUUUCUUGCGGUGGAAGCGACGUGAGAAGCCAAACUCAAAUCUUCUUCAGCCGUUUUCACAGAAUAUUUUGCGGAAGAUAUUGCACGAUGUCCCUUUGAUGCACUCUGCAGACACGCAUAGAAUGUUGCCAAGUAAGAGACUUGGUCUGAAUCAAGAUGAUCCUUCGGAUAGAAGAAAAGAGAACGAAAAAUUCAGUGUUCUUAGAGCUAUGGUUCCCACUGUCAACGAGGUUGAUAAAGAAUCGAUACUGAACAACACAAUCAAGUACUUGCAAGAACUAGAGGAAAGAGUAGAAGAGCUAGAAUCUUGUAUGGGAUCAGUUAAUUUCGUAGAGAGACAAAGAAAGACGACGACGAGCCUUAAUGGCUCUGUGUUGAUUGAAGAGACAUCAGGGAACUACGAUGACAGCACGAAGAUCGAUGGAAACUCAGGAGAAGCCGAACAAGUCUCUGUUUCCAGAGAUCAGACACAUUUGAGAGUUAAACUCAAAGAAACAGAAGUUGUGAUCGAAGUAAGAUGUUCUUACAGAGACUACAUAGUUGCAGACAUCAUGGAAACUCUGAGCAAACUUCACAUGGAUGCUUUCUCUGUUAGAUCUCACACACUUAAUGGGUUACUCACACUGAAUCUCAAGGCAAAGUUGCGUGGGGCUGCAGUUGCGUCCGUAGGAAUGAUUAAGCGUGAGCUGAGGAGAGUCAUUGGCGAGAGUAUGAGAAUCACUUAGGGUUUUCUUAAUGGUUUUUGUAAAAAUAUUUUGUUUUCUUAAAUUUUUGAUGAAAUGUUGUAUUUUUUUUUUGGACUUUGGUGGUGAAUCUAUAUGUCAUUAACUAUAGAUUCAUGGGUGAUUUAUUUUUAUUUUUUAUAUGAUUUUGCACUUCAGUAGUUUCUUGCUAAAUAAAC